AUGAAGCUCUCUACUCUCGCCCUCGGUACCGUCAUUUCCACUGCCAGCGCCGCUGUUAUCGGACAGCUUGAAGAGCGCGCUACAUAUGCCGUUGUUGGCAAGCCAGAAGGUUUCGCCUCAGGAGCCACUGGAGGUGGACGUGCAGCCUGCGCGAUCCCAUCUAGCGUUGCGCAGCUGAAGACAUGGCUCACCGACAGCACUGCUCGUUGCAUCGUGCUGGACAAGGAAUACAACUUCAAGGGCACUGAAGGCACCACCACCGAAACGGGCUGCCGACCAGCAUCCAACAAGUGCCCCGGUAAUGGCGGUCAAGACGCUAUCAACAAGGCUUCGUGGUGUACAAACGGUAACGCAGGUGCUGGCUCUAAGUCUAUCAGCGUUACCUACGAUACCGCAGGUGUUGCAGGUAUCAACGUCGGCUCCAACAAGAGCUUGAUCGGCGUUGGCAACAAGGGCGUCAUUCGUGGAAAGGGUCUGCGUAUGGCGAACGGAGCGUCUAACGUGAUCAUCCAGAACAUUCAUAUUACAGAGCUCAACCCUCAGUACAUCUGGGGAGGAGAUGCUCUCACUGUGGAUGGUUCUGAUCUCAUCUGGAUUGAUCACGUCAAGGUAUCCCUCGUGGGCCGCCAGAUGUUCGUCGCUGGCAAUGGAGCGUCCAACCGCGUAUCCCUCACCAACAACGAAUUCGACGGCUCAACCAGUUGGUCCGCCACCUGCGACGGCCACCACUACUGGGCCCUCUACCUGACCGGCUCCCAAGACCUCAUCACCAUGAAGGGCAACUACAUCCACCACACCUCUGGCCGCAGCCCCAAGAUUGGUGGAAACUCGCUAGUCCACGCUGUCAACAACUACUGGUACGCCAACUCUGGCCACGCUUUCGACAUUGCUGCCGGCGGUCAGGUUGUCGCCGAGGGAAACGUCUUCCAGAACGUCGUGACGCCGCUUCUUAGCAACACUGGAAAGCUGUUUGGUUCCCCGUCUACUAGCGCGAACACUGCUUGCACCAACAGCCUGGGCCAUGCUUGCCAGUUGAAUGCAUUCGGCAGCUCGGGCACGCUUGGAGGAACGGAUACUUCCUUCUUCUCCAACUUCAGUGGCAAGUCUAUUGCUUCUGCUGGCGCUGCCAGCGCGUCUGUUGCUAACACUGCGGGUGUCGGUAAAAUUUGA